GGGAAGAAAACAGAAUAGGCGGUUGGCCUCGGAAAGCGGUGGGCCUCGACCCUCAGCCGCUCCUUUCGCCCUCCUGAAUUCUACGCCCUCGUCGGAGUAAGUUAAAGCAACCUUCGCGCAGGUUGUAGCCCGGAGCGGAAGAGAUGAAGAGAGCGCCUCUUGGGCUUCUUCUUGGCCGAGCGGGGAUCCUGCUGGGUCUUCCUUUUCAAGCGAGCGGCUUUUGAGAGAAGGCAAGAGAGCUUGUUUCUGGGCCAUUGGUUAGGAUGCCCUAGGGUCCCUGCCAAGGCGAGUAACUUUCGGCGGGGCAUCUGGGAAGAGAGAAAUCUGGAGAAAACCAGCCUCAGAAGUGGGGAUCUUCACGAGAGUCGGGGGUUAUGACGCCUUGGCAAUUCUCGGUGCCCUACACCACUUAUUGUUAUUAUUAGAAAUAACAAGUCACACGUCAAUUCAUGGUGGUUUGGGUAUAAACGAUACUUUCCUUUCAGGUACAGUAUUCUCCUAUACAUAGGUUAUGUCGUCUUUACAGUUUGGCAAUUACUUCUAAAUUGUCUUAAAAGGAGAUGGAAGUAUAUUUCAACCUCACCUGAAGAAACUCUUUCUAACUUUGCAGACUGAUUCUUUAAUCCAAGAAAGAUUGGAAGGUGAAGGUGAAUGCUUUGCCAAGCCAAUAAUUGGAAACUCCUGAAAGUUGGUGUGCUGCAUCUUUGGUGAAUUAGUGCAAAAAGGGUAGAAGAAUACAUGUUCACUUAUAGCACAGAAGAGCAUGUUCCCAAAUUCUUCCACUUUGAGUCGUCCACCUUUUCCACUAGAACACCAACGAUAUAAUCUCUUCAUUAAUCUUCCAGUAAAUGUACCUCCAGUUGUCUUUCCUCAGCCACUUCGGAGUACCACAACUCUAGUGAAUGGUACUCUUUCAACCAUCCCACCUGUUUCACCACCACGCUUUGCCUGUCAAAAUGAUAAUCCAUCGCAUGGAUCACCUACACCUAUGUUAUUCCGGCGCAGAAAGAGGUUGAAAGAAGAGGAUGUUCCUUAUGAAGUAAAGCGUCAGCGAUUUCAUUCACCUCAUCGUGAAUUAACUUCAGCUAACCAAUUAGUGCCUUUAAUAGAAGAUCAUAGAUAUUCAUUCCCUGGAUCAAUUUCUUCGCCAUUAUUUCAAGCACAUUACAUCUCAGAUUUAACAGGAUGUGUGCCACCAUUACGAGAACCUUCCUUUAAUAAUGCUAUAGAAGCUACACUUCCUGUAGCCAAAGAUAAGUUAAGUCAGCAAGUACUGGAGUUAUUUCAAGCAUGUCAACAACAAACCUAUGACUUGAACAAAAAAGAGCUUUGCCGUACUCAACUCCAAAGGGAAAUUCAGCAGAUCUUUCCAAAUAGUAGGCUAUUUUUGGUUGGAUCUUCAUUGAAUGGAUUUGGUACUCGUAGCAGUGAUGGUGAUUUGUGCCUAGUGGUUAAAGAGGAGCCAAUGAAUCAGAAGACUGAAGCAAGACACAUACUCAGCGUACUCCAAAAACACUUCUGUAGGAAGCUUGCAAGCUACAUUGAGAGACCUCAACUGAUCCGAGCAAAAGUGCCAAUAGUAAAGUUCAGGGAUAAAGUCAGCUGUGUAGAUUUUGACUUGAAUGUAAACAAUGUUGCAGGAAUAAGAAAUACAUUCCUUCUGAGAACCUAUGCAUACAUUGAGAACCGAGUACGUCCAUUAGCACUGGUUGUAAAAAAAUGGGCAAGCUUUCAUGGUAUAAAUGAUGCUAGCCGAGGCACUUUAAACAGCUAUAGUCUUGUGUUGAUGGUUUUGCACUAUUUACAAACCCUACCUGAACCUAUCCUUCCAUCCCUCCAAAAAAAUUACCCAGAAUCUUUUGAUCCUACUAUGCAACUACAUCUUGUACAUCGAGCACCAUGCACCAUCCCUCCUUACAUUUCAAAAAAUCAAUCUACACUUGGAGAGCUAUUGCUAGGUUUCCUGAAAUACUAUGCUACAGAAUUUGAUUGGAACAAUCAGAUGAUUUCAGUUCGUGAAGGCAAAGCUAUUCCAAGACCGGAUGGUAUUGAAUGGAGAAACAAAUUCAUUUGCAUAGAAGAACCUUUUGAUAGAACAAAUACUGCUAGAGCAGUACAUGAAAAACAGAAGUUUGACGUUAUCAUAGAUGAAUUUCAAAAGUCAUGGCAGAGGCUGAGAGACAGGAAGGAUUUGAACUGUAUACUGCCUGUAAGAGGAAUUAUACAAAAAAGAUGAUUGGCCUCUGUCUCACUAACUGGACUUUUCUGAAAUACAGCAUAUAAAUACAUGAGAUGCCCGGGAUGUGAUUUUUCUCCCUUCCCUGCUGCACUUUUUUUAAGAAGAGAAUUUUCUUUCAGGUUUUUGGUAGGAAAAUUUUUGUAAGAAUUCAAAGAAGAUUGCAACCUUUAUAACAUUAAAUCAAUUUGAACAUUG